UGCCCGCCACGAAAGUGAGCGCGCACCACGCGUUCUUUUCUCAAGCCAAACUUUUUUGGGACCACACCGCCUCUCCUCGCCGAUCUUCUUUUGUUCUUUUUGUUGGACCCUUCUCAGAAUUUGUCGUUUACUUUUAUGGCUUUACAAUUUUAACAAUCGUUGAACUUGGUGUGGCGUCCUCGCUAUUUCAUAAGUGAUUAUAGCAUGUUGUUGUACCGCACUCAGUGAAAGUGUAGUGACGUAACCGUUACAUUAGACUCAGCGAUUAUGACGGAAAUCGACCGGCUCGGGAAGCGAUGUCUCACUGUAUUUGCUUUUAUCAUCAUAACAUCACCCCCUUCUAUAUGCCAGUACCCAGCGCUCCAUCCGGUCGCUUUCCUGCAGACACCGGGUGACUGGGCAAACCCUCGAAGUCAACCCAGAAACCCAAGUUGGCAUCAAUUUUCAUCACCCAGGAAAAGAUCACCCGAUUCUCUGCAAGUUGGCUAUUACAACAAUGCGCAACAACAUCAAAUGUUAGGAUUCAAUGGAGAUCCCAUUAUACGCACUGGGUUUCAACAACACCAAGGAACACCGGAACAUAACCGAGCACGAUUCAAUCUUAUUACUUCUCAAACUAGAGACAGUCCCAAUGAUGGCAGAUUGUUGUCGGAUUCAGCUUUUUCUAAAAUCUCGGAGACACUCGGUGCUAUCAACACCGUGGGGCACUAUUUAGUGGGCAUGGUAAACGAAGACGAACAAAACGUAUCUGACCCUAAUCUACAACAGCUACCGCAGGCCAUCUACACAAUCAGCAAGAACGUGCUCGGGAGAAAUGUUACGGAUAAGAUAGCGCCAAUUGUAAAACAAGCGUUGCCAAAAGUACUGCCUGACGCUCCCAUCACCAAAAUAGCAACUGCAGGUGAAAAACCAAACUCGAAAGCCUGUACUACACCCGAAGGCGAAGAGGGGAUUUGCGAAGAUUUAAGCAACUGUCCACAACUCCUGUUAAACUUAAUUAAUUUAAGAGAAUCACUGUGUUUUAAAGACUUGUUUGUUCCGGGAGUGUGUUGUCCAAAGGACGCAAUAGUUCCAUCGACAUUAGCGGUAGAGAAGCCAAUAGUGAUAACAACCGCUAAGCCGACGUAUCUGGUGCCAGUAACAACGCAAAGACCUGUGCCGAAACCUCCGACGACGAAAAAGCCUUCGGCGAUCCAGAUACUUACGACAAAGAGGCCUAAGCCUGUGCCUAGUACAAGGCCUCCGACCACCAUCGUCUCCGUGACGACGCCGCGCCCUCCACCAACCUCCACUUUCGCGACCGUGCCGCCGCUGACCAUCGGCAACUUCUCCAACAUUGUGGAUAUAAACGACUGCGGGCAACGCGAAGACGAAGGCGGCCGAAUAGUGGGUGGGACGGAGGCCAAACCAGGCGCAUGGCCCUGGAUGGCCGCUAUCUACCUGCACGGCAGCAAGAGGCGCGAGUUCUGGUGCGGCGGCACCCUCGUUGACAAGCGACACGUUCUUACUGCCGCACAUUGCACUAGAGACUCCAAGCAACGACCGUUUCCGGCACGGCAAUUCAGCGUGCGUCUUGGUGACGUGGACUUGUUGCGCGAUGAUGAGCCUUCUCGACCCGUCACACUGCGGGUGACCGCUGUGCGCGCACACGAACAAUUCUCCAGGAUCGGCUUCUAUAACGACAUCGCCGUGCUCGUGCUUGCUGAGAACGUGCAGAAGUCUAAGUAUGUGAUCCCGAUUUGCUUACCCAAAGGCAGUUUGGCUAAUAAACUGUUCGACGGUGAAAUCGCUACCGUCGUCGGUUGGGGCACUACCAGGUACGGAGGAAGCGAGAGCUCGCGUCAAUUGGAGGCGAAGCUGCCGAUUUGGCGCAACGAAGACUGCGACCGAGUGUACUUCCAACCCAUCACCGACACUUUUCUGUGUGCCGGGUACGCCCGGGGCGGCGUCGACGCCUGCCAGGGCGACUCCGGUGGACCGCUGAUGUUGUUAGCGAACGGGAGAUGGACUCAAAUCGGCGUGGUCUCCUUCGGCAACAAGUGUGGAGAGCCGGGAUAUCCCGGCGUAUACACGAGGAUAACUCACUACCUGAACUGGCUUGGACAAAAUUUUGUAUAACAACGUUGUAUACCAUGAAUACAGCCAAAGAAAAUUAACAGAGGAAUGUUCUGUUGUUGUUUUUUUUUCAGCUAACGAACUGGGAAAAAAGAAAUCUUCUUAAUAAUUUAUUUAUACAAGGUACAACAGCGAACAAAUUACGACAAAAUGCAGUAUUAGCAAAAAUUAAUUUCAUAUUCGCGAUAGAAAGUUUCAGGGGGUCUACAAUUACUGUCAAAUAAGUAAUACUCGACCAAGUGAAAGUACGAAGCUUCAUUAGCAUCAUGCGUCUUUUAAUUAUGUCGCGUAUUACUUAUAUGACUGAAAUUGUUUCGGAUGAAUGUCAGAGUCGGACGGCGAACGAUAGUUGUUACAUUCUGUACUUUGGUAUACAAUGUUGGUUUUAAAAUAAUGUGCAUACAGUGUUUUUCCUAAACUAGGACAGCGUGGAGAAAUCUGAAACUACGGCUCAACGGAAUUUGUACAUGGCAUAAUGAAUUUUAUUUCGUUUGUGUAACGUAGAAACUGGAUAUGCCACGCGAGAGUUCUUGCGAAUGUCAGCAUCCGCAUUCGCAUUGGCGGAUGUUCCGCAUAAAAUGAAAUAUCUGCAUCCGCAUCAGCCUCCGCAUUCAUCAAUGCUGAUAUUCAGUGCGGAUAUUUGCUUCGUGACAUUAAUUUACAAACCAUCCAGAAAUAGACUACAACCCCAAAAAUCAUCUCAGUAGUCAUUCUUUCCUUUGAGAAAAUGUGAGCAUCACAAAACCAUUAAAAAAAAUAGAAAAGCCUUUUCAUGCAGAUUCAAUAAGGAUCGAUAAUUUAUUUUCGAUUUUUUUUUAAUAGAGAAAUGCAUCCGCGUCAGCAUCUGCUGCUGUAAAGGUCAGAAAACGGGAUUUGUAUCCGCAUCCGCUAAUGUGUAAAAAACUUGCAUCAGCAACAAACUCGCUUUGUACGUAAAACAAUUGGCAUAAAGUUAAUUAUGCUGUGGUUACAAAACGUUGCUUCCAUUCCGUUCCGCGGCAUUUAAUUACAGCACAACCAUAAACCGGCGGACGGGAAGGCAGAUGAGAUUAAAUUUAUUAAUAUAUAUUUUACGCUAUUACAAUUGAAUGAGGUACUAAUUUCAGUGCUCUAAGACGCAGAACUGCGCUGCGUGCAUGCUCUGAGGUCAGUCCGACAUCCCAGAGCAUUGAAAUACAGACCUUAUUUAAAUGGCGUAAAAUAUACCUGGUAAAGUUUAUGUCUUCUGCCUUUCUGGCCGCCGGUUUGCGCUGCCUGGGGAUCUGUCUUUGGUAUCCUUGGAUUUAAAAAAAAAGAUUAUAAAUGCAAACAUACUUAUCUCAAUAGAAAAUAGCGUUUAUUAUUUCAAUUAUGUGAAGCGUCGGCGCAGGAUACUUAAAACAUAAAUUACAAAAAUUGAAAACUCACCGCAUUGCUAAAAUUUUCUGUGUGUAAUUUUGAAAAGGUUUUAAUAAAUUACAAAAAAGUAAAUAGAAUUUCGUAUUUUACAAUAAACCUUUCUACAUUUUUAAGUUUAUUUAUGAAAAUUUAACUAUACCAAAGGUAUUUGCAUGAAAAAGAACCUUAUUAUUACCUUAAGUAGUUUCCAAGAACCAGACGUAGUUUCAAAAUGCCCCACGCUGACUCCAUUCAUGCUUGCUAAAAAUAUACACUCAUAUAAUCAUCUAUUUCUUCCCUUUCACAUGUAGUACCAUUACAUUCUCAUAUAAUAAUAUUAUUAUAAAUUAAAGGUAUCUUAAAUGUUUUAAAAAUCUAUAAUAAUUAGUUUCAAAGAAUUUAACACGUUCAUCGCCGGAAAUGUCCGGCACGACAUACCGAACUUUGAGUUGUUCGUACACGCCUCAGGUGACAAACGCUAUCUGCAAUCAACAGAAGUUUGGUGGUUUUAGUUAAACAAGAAUCGACAAUUAUAUGGACGUGCUAAGCGCGACCCGAAAGUAAAAAUUGUUCCGUUCAGUCCACGCCGGUUGAAAUCAUAAAAAAAGCAAAAUUACGUAAUUUUUUAACAUGUUUGAAAAUUCAAUCCGGCGACGAGCGUGUUAAAGAGUCAUUUGAAUUAAAUUACAUAUUAUACCGGCGGCGUACAACUUGUUCGUCCCGUCAUUUAAUAUUAUAAAAAAAAAAACAUUUAGCGGAAUACUAGCAUAAACCAAAACAGUGAAAAUCUUUUUCAAAACACGGCCGGGUUGUGUUACUUUCUUUUUACGUCUAAUUUGUAAGUAGAAAAUCAACUAACAGCUUUUUUUUUCAUUCAUUUAAGAGCAGUUACACAUGGCGUCUUUUGGCAGCCAUACAAACGCGAUGCAGUCGCUAUCACCUACCUUUUGCACAUACGACGACCCAGGCGCGCGACUACACCAAUUUACAAUUGGCUAUAAAUCGCAAGUGUAACGAUCCAAUCGCGUGUUUCAUAAUCGCGCGUUUGCGCCGCUGGUAAAAGUCGCGGUGUGUUCUCUACAGUAAAUUUUAUUUCAAACGCAUACUUUUCAAUUCUUUCAGUACAACGUAUAUUAAAUUGUUACUUUACGCGUAUUUUUUAAUUUCUUGAAAUAUGAAUAAUACUGUUGUAUUUUGUCACUUUUUUGCUUGUUCCGCUAAAUGUGUCGGUGUGUUUUAAUAAAAUAUCUACAUUAAUAUAAAGAAAAUAAUAAUAUCUAUAUGUAGAUUCUACAUUUAAUAUUAACUUGAACUGUUUGAUUAACCAUUAUUUUAAUAGAUACCAAAUUUUAAUCAAUAGUUGCAAAUUUUUUUUACAAAU